GAUCCCGUCCCGUCUUCUCGACGGGCGCGGCCUCGACGGAGCCUUCACGGGCCGAGGGCCCCGAAGGAGGUGGCGAAGGAGGGGAGGGGUGCGGGGAGGGAGAGGUGUGGGCGGCCGUCCCCGGUCCCACGCGGAGCGGGAGGGGCGGAGGGCUCCGGGGUCCCCGGGGGCUUUCGUGGGGACCAACGGCUCUCCGUGCAUCUUCCCGCAGGAGAGAGCUGCGAGGACAAGAGCCCCCCCGGGCCGGCCUCCAAGCGGGUGCGUACCGCCUACACCAGCGCGCAGCUAGUGGAGCUGGAGAAGGAGUUCCACUUCAACCGCUACCUGUGCCGGCCGCGCCGCGUGGAGAUGGCCAAUCUGCUGAACCUGACCGAGAGGCAGAUCAAGAUCUGGUUCCAGAACCGCCGCAUGAAGUACAAAAAGGACCAGAAAGCCAAAGGCAUCAUGCACUCCCCCGCGUGCCAGUCCCCGGAGCGCAGCCCCCCGCUGAGCGGCGCGGCCCACGCCGGCUACUCGGGGCAGCUGCCC